UAAAUAAUAUAUAACCAAAGUUAUUAUAUAAUAUAAUAUACCUGCCUCCAAAGGAAAACACACAAAAAGAAGAAGAAUUAUCAGCAUCAUGGCCUUGGAGAACUGUUUAAGAUUAAGUACCACAGUAGGAACAGCAAGAAUUCAAUGUCUUUCUCCAUUGUCUUCAAGGAAGAAACUUGUUUUUUCAUCUUACAGAGGAUUUAACAAGUCCAUGCUAUAUUCAACAGUAUCAAAUUCAAAUCCAUCUCUUUACUCAACUGCUGGUACCUCUAGAAAAUCCUCUUUUGUUUGCAAUGCUCGUGAAAAGGUAAAUGAAGUGCAAGUAGUGACAGACUCAAGCUGGAACAAACUUGUGAUAGGAAGUGAAACACCAGUGCUGGUUGAGUUUUGGGCACCAUGGUGUGGUCCAUGCAGGAUGAUAGCACCCAUCAUUGAUGAGCUGGCAAAAGAAUAUGCUGGCAAGAUAGCAUGCUACAAGAUUAACACCGAUGACUGUCCCAACAUAGCCACACAGUACGGCAUCAGAAGCAUUCCUACUGUUCUCUUCUUCAAGAAUGGAGAGAAGAAAGAGAGCGUCAUUGGUGCAGUCCCCAAGUCCACUUUGUCAGCAACACUUGAUAAAUAUGUUGACAUUUGAUUAUACACAAAAUCGACUAAAUUCAAUUUGGUCUUUCAAUUCGCAACCUCUUUUAUUUUAGUAUCACAUUCUGUUAGUCAAUGACCAAUCAACUACUAUUACAUUUGACAUAAAAUGUCAACGAUACAGUCAAAGUUGACUAAUAGUUAGAUUAGUCAAAUACUAAAUUAAUGCUUUCAAAUUUUCUAAGGGUUAAAAUAAAAUACACUUGCAAUUUGAAAUACCA